AUGGACGAACCGUGUCAAUCAUGGCCUUUCUGGAAGUUUGGGAUGAAGAGAGAUGACCUCUCCACCAAGCUGCAAGACCAAUACAACACCAUCCCCUCUAGCAUCCAAGACCCCGACGCCUUCCACCAUGAUGUCUACGAAAUCUCCCGCCUCGCCGAUACCGCCGACGAAUUCCACCGUCUCAUGCGCGAUCGCAAGGAACAGCGCCUGAAGGAGCUCAACGCGUCGCUUGACCUCGCUGCAGUCGAGAUCAUCGCCAACCCCAAGCUCGUCGGCACCGCUCAGUGGUCCCACGCCCUGCAGCUCUUCCGCUCGCGCUCCCUCGACUCCCUCGUCCGCCUCUUCUCCAGCUACCUCCCCAACGACUACACCACCCAUCAGGGCUACUACUCGGCCUCGUCUACCGGCUCUUCUUUCAGCGAUCGGUGCAGCGUCCACACGGCGAGCACCAACCUGAGCAGCCUCGACGAGGACGGCGGCCCUACCUUCUUUCACGAUGACGACGAAAAGCCUGUUAUGACGCAUGAACCCUUGUCUAUUUCCACCUCCAUCUCGUCUUCUGCCAUUACUACGGAGCUGCCUCCCUCCCCUCGCUCCAUGACCAUGCAGUCCGAAACCUCUGCAUCCUCCCCCAUCGACAUCGACCACGAUGAAUACGUCCUCCACAACCUCACUCCCGCGCGAACAUUAUCGUUCUCCGGAUCAGAGUCCGGCAGAUUCGCAGGAAGGGUCCUGCAGUGUCUCGACGACGACGACGACGAGGAAGAUACCUCCCAGUCCGAAGACCCCGACUCCCUGACGACGUCGGUCUCCGAUCUCGAGAACCGUUCGACGCGCGAGUCCACCGUGGAGGAAGAGCAACAACCCGACUACCAUUACUACCCGGAACACGCGGUCGACGACGAAGACGACUGCGACGAUGAGUUCCCCACCACCCAAUUACCCUUUGACGUCUUCGACGACGACGUGAUGGAGUCCUCAGAGACCCCGACGCCGAAGCCGGAGACGUCCUCCAUGCCACCCGCGGCGUCUUACCUCGACAGCAAAACAUACUCUUCGCUUCGCUCGAUACCCACAUCUUUUCGCAGUUCCUCACCAAAGAUACCCCACCACCGCCGUCGUGACGCCAGCCCGGCAAAGACCAGCAGCAGCAGUAGUAGCAGCACCAUGAUGAGUAGCAGGCGGAGUCCUGAAGAGGCGUCGAGCCGCAUCCAGAAGCCGCAGCCCGACGCGAUGCGCGGGGCGCGGGCCUUGGCGGCAAAAGGGCGCAGGAGAGGGCUGGACUGA